AUGAGGAAGUCUCCUGAUUGGUUGUAUGCAGAUCAUGCAACGUGUGGCUCCCCCGCGUGGAUUGGGAAAGGACUCACUUGUGUUUGCUUCAAGCGUAAGGGAAACUGUCAACGAAUCUGCAUCAGUUUGACCCCUUUACAGGAGGAAAGGCUAAGAAGACUAAAGCGCCGAAUGAAAGUUUACUUUGAUGGUUCGAUGUUUGAUCACCAGGAAGCGUUGAGAGCUCUGUGGUCUGCAUCAUUUCCUGGACAGGAACUGCAAAGCUUGAUUUCUGAACAAUGGAAAGAAAUGGGAUGGCAGGGUAGAGAUCCGUCUACUGAUUUCAGAGGAGCUGGUUUCAUUUCAUUGGAGAACCUACUUUUCUUUGCAAAGACAUUCUCAACUUCUUUUCAGCUACUGUUGAAGAAACAAGGAGGGAAAGGAGCUGUUUGGGAGUAUCCCUUUGCUGUUGCUGGCGUUAAUAUCACAUUUAUGAUUAUGCAAAUGCUGGACCUUGAUGCCACCAAACCAAGGACUUUUGUCAGAGCAGUUUUUCUACAAAUGCUUUCAGAGAAUGAAUGGGCAUUUGAUUUGCUUUAUUGCGUGGCAUUCGUUGUAAUGGACAAACAGUGGCUGGAGAGAAAUGCUACAUACAUGGAAUUCAAUGAUGUAUUGAAAUCCACGCGAGUUCAGCUAGAGAAAGAGUUGCUGAUGGAUGAUGUUCUACGGAUUGAAGACAUGCCUUCUUACAAUCUUCUUUGUUGA